AGUAACUUGUAAUCAUUCAUCAUGUAAGAGCGACUACAGAAUGCAAAUAUGUAUAUAAUUCAGUUGAUUGGGAUAUUUUUAUAUAUUGAAUCAUUUUUACAUCUAGCAGUAAUUAGGUAUAUUACGUAACUGAAUUCGAGGCUAAUGAUGAAGAUUCCACAAUUUUUAGGUUAACAAUUUGAUAACAAUAAUUUUGAUAAUGACAAGUUAUUGCGGCAUAACUUGAUUAAUUUACAGCGAUUAUUAAAAUAUAAUCGUCAUCUGUUCAAAUGUACUUUUUACAGUGUUUCUAUUAUAUUUAAACGUAAUGGAUGUUUACGAUAGUAUAAUAAGAGGUACACAACCCAAUCGGCUAAUAAUCAUUGAAGAUUCAUUUCUAGCUAAAGGACAGUUUAUAUUACACCUUAUAUCUGAAAAUCGUAAAUCUCAUGAUAUCCAUGUACUUUGUUUUGAACAUUUAGUUUCUCAGUAUCAAAAAUUAUUUCCUUCAUUAUCUAACAUACAUUAUUAUGAUUGUAUGACUAAUAUUUUAUCUUCUACUUUAAGUAUGUAUGAAACUGUUACAAAUAUAAUUGCACAAUCAACCAAAAAUGUAGUCAUUUUAAUUGACUCAUUAUCUAUGUAUUUACUUGGAACAGAUUUCAGGAAUGUAUAUAAAGAAGUAUUGGAAAUUACAUCUUUAGAGAAAGUGCCUAAUGUUGUACAACUUGUGGCUGUGAUACAUGAGGAUGUGACAGAAAAGCAUUAUACUGAGCAUUUAAAAAACAUAUGUAAAACUUACAUACAUGUUCAAAAUACCAAUAAUCCAUUAGUUUUAAAUUUAAGAUUAGAACAUAAAAGAUCAAAUGGUAAAUGUGUAGUUCAGAAACUAAAAGGAGAAUUAAAAUCUGAUUGUACAUUCAAAUUAAUAAAUGACUUGUUGCCUCAAACAAUAGAAGAAGAAAAAGGUAUACCAAAAAAUUUAGCUAGUUUUAAAUUGGAUUUGCAAGAAAAUGAAAAGAAAGCAAAGGAAGAAUUAGUUUUACCAUACACAUUAGUACAAAAUGCAUCUAAUAUUGGAGGAAUAAUUCAUUAUAUUCCUGAUGAAGCAGAUGAUUGGGACGAAGAAGAUCCAGAUGAUGAUUUAGAAAUUUGACAUUGCAUUAUUUAUACAAUUUUAAUGUAAAUACUACAUUAUUUGUCAAGCAUCAUUUCAUGUGAUUUCGAUCAACAUAUGCACCAAAAAUUGUUUUUUUAAAUGUGGAACCUUAAGUGUUAAUAAUUAAAUUUUUAAGUGUUUCUUAAACA